AUCACGGCUGAUGCGCUCCUACGAAGCAAUGCGUUAAGAGUGCGGGGAUUAUGCACGGCUGGAGAGUUCUCACUAAAUUUACAUCAAUAUUUUUGCUGUUUCUUUUACAGGAUUUAAAGGAAAUGGGUUCUAAAUAUAAUAUGGCACUUUAAAAUCUGUAGCCUGCCUCAGACAAGCUACCUUUUCAAUGGAAUUUAAAUAUACUUCAAGGAUGGCACGGGUGUUAUUAGAUGUGUGUCCUUGUUUUAAAUAAUUUGUUUUUUUUGUGCGAAACAUAACUGAGACUGGGACUCUUGCAGCCAAGAAAUCCGUCAGACCCUCAUAUGAAGAUUGCCGCAUUGAAAGCAAGGAGCUUCUGCCUGGACCCGCAAUACAUCGGGUAGUCUGCAUACUGAGCUCCGGAGUAAACUCAUAAUAGAUUAGUGACUUCAAUUAAAGAGGGUACCUCGUUUUAUGUAUAUCAUCAAUUCCACAGAGGAAGAGAAGUACGUGUACGGUCGGUGGGGGGAAGGAAGGAGAGGAGCUGGAUUUUUGGGAGGGGGUCUCUGCGCAGCGGAACGCAAAACGCAGCGGGCAGAAACAGUUAAAAGGAAGAUCUAGAACAGAAACACUGGGACACAGAGGUGAUUGGCUGUCCCAGUCCUGCUGCAUCAUGGGUAACCUCACAGGCAGGAAUAUCCACCACCCCACAGGCUCCUAUCUGGAUCUGUUCCACACCCCUCCAACCACACCGGUUAUCCCAGAUCAGCGCGGGAUGCUGGAAUCUCCGUCUUCAGGAGCAGGGCAGCAGGAUGCACACACGGUGGGAUCUGAGGGCUCGCCUGUCGAUGGACGGACCCCGCAGGUCUGGGCUGCGGUCAGUCCAGAACGUGGCAGGAGACAGACGGACAACGGAUGGACUCUGGGCUCAUCGAGCGACAGCGCCUCUCCCAGCCCGCGCUUAUCUUCCGCCCCUGUCACUCUCUCAAACUUUCCGACCACGAUUCCUCUAAAGCUGGAAUCUCAUGCCGCUCCCGGGACCCCAGUGAGCACUGGUUCGCACUCCACCCCGAAGUGGUCCUCCGGGGAAGGCGGACGAGAGGAGAGUGCUGGACAGGGAGGACCGGGAGCGUCGCUGGAGGAGAUGCCGCUGUGCACUGUGUCUCUGCUGGAGCUCUGUGGGAACUUAGCAGGCCUGAGUCCGGGGGAGGAUGGGACAGCGGACCUGGCGGAUCUGCUCAGGCAGCUUUUGCAGGAGAGGGAGGAGCUUGUGAAGAAGGUGCAGAGCCUUACGGAGACCUUGGAGACGGAGCGUAGUGAAUGGCUGCAGUUCCAGGCAGACCUGCAGGUGGCGGUCACCGUGGCGGAUCGCUUGCGUGUGGAGGCUGAGCAGGAGCUCUGCAUGCUCCGGGAGAGGCAGCUAGAGAGUAGGCAGCAUCACCAGGAAGCAGUCCUGGAGCUGGAGGCACAGAGAUCUGCCCAUCAAAACCUCUGCCUGGAACUAGAGGCUUUAAGGGCUGCCCACCGAGAUGGCUGCUUGGAGCUAGAGGCCCAGAAGGCAGCCAACCACCAUGCCCAUAUGGAACUGGAGGCACAGAAAGCAAAGCAGGAAGAUGUCUGCGUGAACCUGGAGGCAUUAAGGGCAGCACACCAGGAUGUUUGCCUGGAACUAGAGACACAAAAAGCUGCAAACCGAGAUGCCUGCCUACAGCUGGAGGCCCAGAAGGCGGCAGGCGACCGUGGCUGCCUGGAGCUGGAGGCCCAGAAGGUGGCUCUUCGAGAUGCCUGCUCAGAGCUGGAGGCCCUAAGGGCAGCACAUCGAAAUGCCUGCUUGGAGCUGGAAGCCCACAGGCAGAGGCAUCUGCAAGUGAAGGGCCAGCUGGACCUGCCAAGACAGGGAGACGGGCCACCACCGUCCAGGCAGAGGGUAAGCAUGGAGGAACAGAUGCAGGAGGAAGCAGAGUGGCAGACGGAGAAACUGGAAGGUGAGGACCAGGGACACGCCACAGAGGGCUCCCAGAAAAGGGAGCGACCCACUCCGGAAGGCGAAGCAUGGAAAGAUGGGCUCCCCCAGACUGCAGCGACUGAUGAGUGCAGGCAAGAGGAGCGCUGGCUCAGGAAGGACCCCCGGAGGAUAGUCAUGGUGCUGGAGAGGUCCAGGAGUCUCUCCAGACUUCCAUUGCCGUCAGACACCCCUUCUUCAUCGAGUGGUAGCUCCCAAUCCUUGGUCACUACAGUAGGAGCCCUCAGCAAGGACCAAGAUGUGACCCGUCCAAGAAGGAUGGACCGCAUCCUGAAACGCCAGGACAGCUGGUCAAGCUCCCAUACAAGUAAACAGGAGGAGGAGACAUCACUGAGCCAGCAGAGCCCGAUGCUGACGGACAUGUCCCCCGGGGGUGCCUGGAAAAUCAGGCCUCACGACGGCUUCAGCCUGCUGCUGCGCCGCCACGGCGGCUCCAGGAGAAACUCGCUGCUGCGCUGGUGCCAGAGCCGCACGCAGGGCUAUGCGAACAUUGACAUCACCAACUUCAGCAGCAGCUGGGUGGAUGGACUGGCCUUCUGUGCAGUGUACCAUACAUACCUGCCCUCACAUAUCCCCUACAGCAGUCUAAACCCACAAGACAAGAAGGAGAAUCUAAGCCUGGCUUUCCAGACUGGCGAAAGUGUCGGAAUCCCAGCUAUACUGACCGUGGAUGAGAUGCUAAGAUCAGCUGGACCUGACUGGCAAAGAGUCCUGGGAUACGUGGAGAGCAUGUAUCUCCAUUUUGAAAUGUGACUCCACCCUGCAUCUGUUCAUCUAGCAAACAUCUGGCAAAAGAGCAUGCAGGCUAAAUCUAAAAAAGGAUGACUGUGUGAAGAUGUACUGCUGGCUACUGAAUGGGGGUGCAGGGUCUCUGAUGCGUGCUGGUGCCACCAAACAGCCAGGCUCUCAUUCCACCCAGCCCCUUCAUUAACAGGCACUGAGUGGUCAGUUGCAAAAUUGCCGUAUCCGUUAAUAAUACAGGGGCACAAAUAAACACCAUCACUCCCCAUGUUAAAUGAGUAGUCAUUGAAAAUGGAUAGAUAAAAAAAAAUAAAAAACAUCCGAGUGUAAAAAGUUAAACCGUAACCUCCCAAAAUUUAAUAAUUUUUUAUAUUUGCCAGAUUAGGGUGAGAAAUAAACCAAAAGCCCAAUUAAUGAGCUCAAAUGGAAACCAGCAUAGUGCAGAGGCCUACAUGGAAGCUUAGACUAGUAACGGAGUAGGGCUGCAUGAUAUCAUGUUCAUUAAAUUUCCACGAGUAACAUAACAAUAUUUACUAAACAAAAAAGAUGAAAUUAUGUGAAGUAAACUAUAGCCAAAUAGAACUUCAUCAUUAUCAUCCAACAGAGUCUGUCAAAUAAGUUGGUGAUGUUGCUCUGAGUUCUGAGUCAACAGGCACAAAGCAGCACCGACCAAUGCGAUGUGAUUAUUGCACAUGUGCAUGAUAUAUUGUGCAGCCCUGUACCAGAGAUACUAUUUAUCCAGUCAGACCAAAAGUAACAGUCAAUAGUAUCCUCUUCAGGGUAACAUCAUGAUAAACAUAAUGUUGGUUUUUAUAUUCCCACAAUGGUCAAUCUUGUUUUCACAUUACCAGCAAUCUUUGCAGUCUAUCCAGCCACUUAUUGUCCAGAAAACACAUUACAGCAAGUCUGAGCUUGUUGUUUUUUUAUUUUAUUUUUAUUAUCCAUAAGAGGACUGAGAAAAUAUGAGACCGUUCCUUUUUUUUACGUAAGUAUAUUUUAAUUAAUUACUCAUUCAUUUCUGGUUAAUCUUUAUUAGUGCUCAUAGCUGUAAAUAGGCUGCAUUAUUAGGUUACGUGUGUGUGGGUGUAUAUGUUCGAGAGGAUGGGAGGUUCAGUCAUUGAAAGAACGUGUAUAAACUUAUAAGAUGUAUUACAAAGUAUAUUGUGAUAAAGAAUGGAAAUAAUCUCUGUG